UUUAAGGAUGGCGGUAAACGAAGGAGAAGAGGCGACUGUUUCUCUGGUGGAUGUUUUGGAGGAGGACGAGGAGUUAGAGAACGAGGCGUCUGCAGUGUUGGGUGGCAGUGAUUCGGAGAAGUGCUCUUACCCUGAGGGGUAUGUAAAGCGGCAAGCGCUUUAUGCAUGUAAUACAUGCACACCAAAGGGUGGAGAGCCAGCAGGUGUGUGUCUAGCCUGUUCCUACAAGUGUCAUGAGGGCCAUGAUCUCUUCGAGUUGUACACCAAAAGGAACUUUCGCUGUGAUUGUGGGAAUAGCAAGUUCAAAGAUUUUGAGUGCAAGCUCUAUCCAGAAAAAGACCUGCUGAACAGCGACAACACUUACAGCCAUAAUUUCUUUGGUUUGUACUGCACCUGUGACAGGCCGUACCCAGAUCCAGAGGACCAGAUUCCAGAUGAGAUGAUCCAAUGUGUCAUCUGUGAAGACUGGUUCCAUGGCAGGCACCUGGGAUGCACAGUUCCAGAAAGCAUGGAGCUGCAGGAGAUGGUGUGCGAGGCUUGUAUGAACAAAGCACCCUUCCUGUGGAUAUAUGCUGCCCACCUGGCAGCACUCUCAGUUACCAAAGUAAGCACCUCCAACCCAGAGGAGGAGCUGAUAGUGGCUAAAGAUGGAAGGGUGGAAUUAAAGCAAGAGGACACCGAAGAUGACCACAAAAAUGGGACAGAGGAGCCCUCUACAAGCCUGAACUGUUGUGAUGAGAAGGUCAAGAUCAGUGAGACGGCUGCUUGCAAGCGCACACACCAGGAGAUGGAGGGCUCAACCUCCAAGAGCAAGACCAACAUGACAGUGUGCAGACUGAUGGAGCUUCAGGCCAAGGGCCUGGUCCACUCCAGGGAGGGGGCCACUUUCUGGCCAUAUAUUUGGCGCUCCAAGCUCUGUGCCUGUAUGAAUUGUAAGAGCGCUUAUGACAAGGCUGGGAUUCCCUUUCUCCUGGAUGAGUCUGACACAGUCCUGGCCUACGAAAACAAGGGCAAGAAAACAGAGCAGGAAGAGGGGCCCCACGGCCGGGACCCGCUAAUGUCGGCCCUCAACACCCUGAAUCAUGUUCAGCAGCUCGAGAUCAUCUAUGAGUACAAUAAUAUGAAGACUGAGUUGAAGGAUUACUUGCAGAGGUUUGCAGCUGAAGGAAAGGUGGUGACGCCAGAAGAUAUUCAGCGCUUCUUUGAGGAACAGCAUACACGGAAACGGCAGCGAGCCAAUGCUGGCCAGUACUACUGUAGCUGAAAUCCUGGUUCUCCUUCCAGCCCUUGUGUUGUACUAAGCAUCUAACCUAUCUACAUGUACAUUUUUAGUAUGCCAGUCAUCCCCUGGCAUUACAGUUGUCAGAUUUGUUGUACAGCCAUCUCUGUUCACACUUAAAAUAAAAUCAAAUGCAGUUCAAUCAAGUUUAUAGGACUACUGGGAAAAAAUUGUAAUAUAAAUAAUGUUGUACAGCUGAGAUGGAUGUGUUAAUUUCUGAGAAGCUGCUCAGCUGUGUGCAUAUGGAUGUGGUCCAGAUAACAAGACAAAACAUUAGAUGUAGCUUUUAAAAUAUACUGAAGUCAGUACCCCUUCCUCCUUCUGACAUGUCUUUUCAACAAGCCUUGGUUGGUUUUGUUAUUCGAAGGUAUUCUUAUUGCUGCUGAAAUGCUUUAGUUGUCUUUCAGAUGAAUCUGCAGAAGUAAAUAUCUGAGGUCUUUCACCUUGUUUGUAUGCUGUUUCUUUGCUACCGUAUCCUUUCGUAAUGUGUGCCUGCAGAGCUUUGAUCUACACAGCAUGGAGAUGAUUGACUCGCAAAAGUCAGGGAUUGGUGUUUAAAGGAGCAUCUGUUUUGUGUCUUUAAAUUGUAACUUGUAACAUCAUUUUUAAUGUUAAGCAUUAAAUGGACAACGUAUAGUGUGCAGCUGAGUAAUUGUCAGUAGGCCAGUAAUGUGCAUUGUGAAUUCAAUGAUCUCAAUAGAAUUUUAAUACCCAACCCAU